UCCUUCAGUGCAGCUCUAAGAGGAAAGCGAGCAUGAGAGAGAGAGAGAUAGAGAGAGAGAGAGAGCGAGCAGGCAGGAGCGCAGAGGUAGAGCCGGCAGCUGAGCUGAUCACGAGGUGUCAGUCUUAUUCUUUCCAUCCAUCUCCUCUAUUCCUUCACUCACUUCUUCUUCUGAGUGCACCAGACCUUUCACCAGAGCUGUGCGAUAAGCGGGAAGCCCACGUUUUGAAAAAAGAACUCCAGACAAAUAGAUAGGCAGACAAUAGAAGAAUGUAAAUGAAUGGAACGACAGAGACAGAGAAAAAUAAGUUAACUUCUGAAGACUCAUCCAGUACUGGAGGGGCUGUGGUGUGCAACACCAGCCAUUUGAGGACCUUCCCAGGACGCAAGAGAUAAAGGCACGACAUCGGUGGGUCAUUGGAUCCCUAAAGAAAACACAGAACAAUUUGCUUUGUGGUUGAGUAUCCAUCAUGGGAGAUCGACUUCACCACUAUCUUGGGGGUGGUAGGCCUGUCUACACCCUACUUCUCUCACUAGCUCUAGCCCUGCUGACCCUGUUGUCUGAGGCCCAGGGCCGUAUGGAUAAAGCCAGGUCAGAGGAGGAAAGUAGAGCAGGGCUGUUGAGGAGGGUGAAAAGAGGCUGGGUAUGGAACCAGUUCUUUGUGCUGGAGGAGUACACUGGACUGGAGCCGCUAUACAUUGGAAAGCUCCACUCAGAUAUGGACCUAGGGGAUGGCUCAAUCAAGUACAUACUAUCAGGAGAUGGUGCUGGCACCACCUUCACCAUUGAUGACAGUACAGGAGACAUUCAUGCCAUCAAGAGGCUGGACCGCGAGGUCAAGGCCCAGUACCAGCUGCAAGCCCAGGCCUGGAACAGACAGACAGACCGACCCCUAGAGCCCAAAUCUGAGUUUAUCGUUAAGAUCCAGGACAUCAAUGAUAAUGAACCUAAGUUCCAGGAUGGGCCCUACCAAGCCACCAUACCUGAGAUGUCAACCAUCGGCACUGAGGUGAUUCGGCUGACCGCUACAGAUGCUGAUGACCCUACAUAUGGUAACAGUGCCAGAGUGGUCUACAGCAUUCUGCAAGGACAGCCAUACUUCUCUGUGGAGCCCAAGACUGGCGUGGUGCGUGUGUCUCUGGCGGGCAUGGACCGCGAGGUCAGGGAGAACUACUCCGUCAUCAUCCAGGCCAAGGACAUGGGAGGCCAGCUAGGGGGUCUGGCUGGAACCACUGUCGUCAACAUCACCCUCAGCGACGUCAACGAUAACCCACCCAUGUUUGAUCAGAAGCUGUAUCAGAUGAGUGUUCUGGAGUCGGCUCCCGUGGGGUCUGUUGUGGGUCGUAUCCGGGCGAAGGAUCGUGACAUUGGCAUCAAUGCAGAGAUGAGGUAUAGCAUCAUUGACGGAGACGGGAGGGACACCUUCGACAUCAGCACAGACCCCACCAAUCUGUUUGGCAUCAUCACCAUCAAAAAGCCUCUGAACUUUGAGAGCAAAGCAAGCUACACUCUGAAGAUAGAAGGAGUCAACACACACCUGGACCACCGUUUUCUGGACAAGGGCCCGUUCAGCCAUGUUACCAUUGUUCACGUCAGCGUAGAGGAUAUAGACGAGCCCCCAGAGUUUAGCUCUGCUGCGUACUACAUAGAGGUCUCUGAAGAAGCAGAGAUCGGCACAGUGUUCAAGACGGUCUCUGCCAGAGACCCUGAUGCUUCCAAUAACUCCAUCAGGUAUUCCAUAGAGAUGACCACCGACCUGGGGAAAUAUUUCUACAUUGACAUCACUUCCGGGGCGUUGAUGACGGUGCUGUCGCUGGACAGAGAAGAGUUAUCCUGGCAUAACAUCACCGUCCUGGCAAUGGAGAUGAGUAAUCCCAGUAUGAUCGGGAGUGUGUCUGUAGCUGUGAAGAUUCUGGACGUGAAUGAUAACCCUCCAUCGCUGACACAGUACUUUGAAGCUUUCGUCUGUGAGAGUGCCAAGGCUGGACAGCUGAUUCAGACAGUGACGGCAAUAGACCCAGAUGAUCCUCUGGGAGGUCAGCACUUCUACUACAGCCUGGCACCAGAGGCUGCUAACAACCCCAACUUCACCCUCAGAGACAAUCAAGACAACACAGCAUGGAUCCUGACGCGGCGUGGAGGCUGGUCUCAGCAGGACCAGUCAGUCUACUACCUUCCUAUCUUUAUCUCAGACAGAGAGCUGCCGGUCCAGACCAGCACCAGCACCCUGACUAUCCGUGUGUGUAGCUGCGAUGUGGAGGGCAACGUUAUGUCCUGUAAUGCUGAGGCCUACCACCUACCGGCUAGUCUGAGCAGAGGGGCACUCAUCGCCAUACUGGCAUGUAUCUUUGUGAUGCUCGUGAUGAUCCUGCUCAUGUUGUCCCUCCGGAGCCACCGUAAGAAGCCCUACCUGCACGAUGAGGAAGACAACGUCCACGAGAACAUCGUCCGCUACGAUGACGAGGGGGGUGGAGAGGAGGACACCGAGGCCUUUGAUAUCGCUGCAAUGUGGAACCCCCACGAGGCCCACCUAGUGGGGAAGCAACGUCAGGACAAGCUGCCCGAAAUCGAGAGCCUUUCACGCUACGUUCCCCUUGCAUGUGUGGGCUGGCCAGGGAGUGUUUGUGUUGGUGGAGACAGCAACGUGCAGGGGUAUGUGCUGUCCAAGCUCCUGGAGGCGGAUUUGGACCCCUGCGCCCCACCUUACGAUUCCCUACAGACCUACGCCUACGAGGGGGAGGGAUCGGUGGCUGAGUCCCUGAGCUCGCUGCAGUCUGUGUGCUCCAAUACUGAUCACGAGUAUGAUUAUCUCAAUGACUGGGGGCCCAGGUUUAAGAAACUGGCAGAGAUGUACGGGGUUCUGGAGACAAGCAACCCUCCCAUGUGGUAGAGGGGCGGACGGAACGAAAGACUCACCCCUAUAUACACACAUCUUAUAGGAAAGAAGAGACUGAAACAUAGAGACUGAAACGGAGACAUGUAGAGAAACAGGAACAGAGAGAGAGAGAGAAAUAGAGAGAAUGCAUUUGAAAGGUAUGCUCCCCAUAGAACUGCAGAAUUUGCAAUAGCACCACUGAGCAUCGCCUAUUCUCUAUAGCCUUAGAGCUGGGUUGCCUCAACCCUGAGCUGGGUUGCUUCCUAGCUGUGUAGCUGCCAUCACCACCCUUCCCCAUCUCCAGGAGAGGCUUGAGAGUAGCCUGGACUGACUGACAGACAGCUAGCGUCACAAGGCCCUCAAAGCAAAGGGCUUCAAAGCACACGUUAGUUAACUCUAUUGGCCGACCCAGGCCCUAGCCACAGGCGCCAGCAGCUCUUUGGUCCAAAGGGUCCCAUUCCCCUCAGAUGAACACAAGAGAGGGGAACGAGGGGAAAACAAGGGACUCAACAUACUUAGCCUUACCUUCCUGCACACAUUUACGCAGGACUCAAACAAACUCCGAAAUGCUGACGUCUUUUUUGUUGGUUUGUUUUGACAAUAUUUUGGUUAAGACUUUGCUUUUUGUAUUCCAAGCCACUAUGACACAAUGAAAAAAAAA